UUUAAUAAUUUCUGUUUACCAAGGAACUCCCACUGGCUUCGUUGAAGCAAUUUAUAAAAAAACACGCGUUUCUCCCCGUCAAACAGGUAGACUGGGAUCUUGGAUGGAGUAAGUGUUGACCCCAGUGAGAUGACUGACCAGGGCAACAACAACCAGAACAUCUCCUGCAACCCCUUCGCCGCCCUCUUCAGCUCACUGGCUGAUGCUAAACAGUUUGCAUCAGGCCAGAAACCCCAACGACAGUCUGCUGAGCCACCACUGGAGGACUCUGGAGAGAGCCAGUCAGACUCGGAUAACUCUGUGUCGGACAGCGUUGAUGACAAUGACGACUCUGUGGCAGAGAUCAGCCGCUCUUUCCGGUCCCGCCAGGAACUGUGUGAACAGCUCAAUGUCAAUCACAUGAUCCAGCGGAUAUUUCUCAUCACUCUUGACAACAGUGAUCCCAGUCUAAGAGGAGAUAAUGGGAUCCCCCCUCGCUGUGUGUACCUGGAGGAAAUGGCUGCAGAUCUGGAUGGACAGGACUGGUUGGAUAUGGACAACAUAGAGCAGGCCCUGUUUAAUCGUCUGCUGCUGCUAGAGCCGGGAAACCACCUCAUCUACAUGACGUCAUGCUGUGCUGUAAAUCUGUCUGCUGACCGUGAUGCUGGAGAGAAAUGUGCCAUCCCUUAUCUUUUUGCAAGUUACCAAAGGGCUAAAGAAGAGGUGACAAAGGUACCAGAGAAGUUGCUGUCCUUUGCUGUUCGCUGUAAAAAUCUUACAGUUUCAAACACACGAACAGUUCUGCUCACCCCAGAGAUCUAUGUCAGCCAGAACGUCUACGAGCAGCUUCUGGACCUGCUGUUGGAAGGUCUCAAUGGAACACAGCCAGAGGAGCUGGUCGAGUUUGUGGAGGAGGUCAUUGCUGGCAUUCUUUCUGACCAGGAAGUCCGUACCUUUGAGGAGGUGAUGGUACCGGUGUUUGAUAUCUUCCAGCGACGCAUCAAAGACAUGGACCUCUGCCAGCCUCUUCUCUACUCCUACUUGGAUGUUCUCCUCUAUUUCAGCCAUCAAAAAGACAUUGCGAAGGUGUUGAUGGAAUACAUUCAGCCCAAAGACCCAACCAAUGGUUUGCAGUACCAGAAGAGCCUAUUGGGGACAGUGUUGAAUAUCUCCUGCUUGUUAAGAACCCCAGGUGUGGUGGAGGGACAUGCCUACUUCCUGAAUCCCUCCCGCUCCAGUGCUCAGGAGACAAAGGUUCAGGAGGCUAACAUCCAUCAGUUCAUGGGUCAGUUUCACGACAAGCUGCACCAGGUCUUGAAAAACUUGCUCCAGCGAUCUGGUGAGACGCGUCACCUGUUGCUCUCAUGGUUGGGCAACUGUCUGCAGGCAAAUGCUGGCCGGGCAAAGAUAUGGGCCAAUCAGAUGCCAGAAAUCUUCUUUCAGAUGUAUGGAUCUGAUGCAUUCUUUUUAAACUUGGGGGCAACACUGCUGAAACUGUGCCAGCCUUUCUGCAGGCCUCAUUCACCCAAACUGCUCACCUUCAACCCUACAUACUGCGGCCUCAAAGAGCUGAGUGAAGACGAGAGGCGCAAUCGCAACGUGCAUGCAAGAGGUCUCGAUAAGGAAACCUGUCUGAUCCCCAUGCCCACUCAACAACUGGUGGAGUCUGCACAGUCCUACAGCCUUCUGACUGAAAAUCUCAUCCUUACACAACUUACCCUUCAUCUAGGCUUCCACAGACUGCAUGAGCAGAUGGUGAAGAUGAACCAGUCUCUCCACCGGCUCCAGGUGACGUGGCAGGAGGCUCAGCGAACUGGCAACCCAAUGUCGGAACAGCUCCUAGAGCAGUUUGAGCGUCUGAUGAUUGUGUAUCUGUCAACCAAAGCUGCCACCACACAGCCUGCCAUGCUGCAAUGCUGCCUUAACCUCCAAGCUUCCACUGCUGCUCUGUUGGUUCAGCUGGGUGUGGGGAACCAGGGGCCUGAACAUGUAGCACUCAGUUUCCCCCUGCCCUCCCUGCAGAAUACUAUGCUCUGCUAUGUACCAGAAUUUUUUGCCGAAAACAUGGGAGAUUUUUUCAUCUUUCUACGGCGAUUUGCAGACGAUGUUUUGGAGACUUCUGUGGAAAAUCUGGAGCAGAUUCUUAACUUCAUCACCAUGUUCAUGGGUAAUGUGGAACGGAUGAAGAACCCAUACUUGCGAGCAAAGCUCGCAGAGGUCUUGGAGGCGGUGAUGCCACACAUGGAGCCCGUGGCUCCUGGUGCUGCUCAGCCAAUCGUCUUUCAGAGAGAGAGAGUCUUCUGUUCCUACAAAUAUGCACCUCAGUUGGCCGAGGCCCUCAUCACUGUGUUUGUAGACAUUGAAUUCACAGGUGACCCUCAUCAGUUUGAACAGAAAUUCAACUAUAGAAGGCCCAUGUAUCCAAUCCUCAAAUACAUGUGGGGGAAAGACAACUAUAGAGAGAGUAUCAAGCAUUUGGCUGACUAUGCAUCAGAGAACCUGGAGGCCAUGAACCCCCCUCUGUUCCUCAGGUUUCUCAACUUACUGAUGAAUGAUGCCAUUUUCCUUCUGGACGAGGCUAUUCAGUACCUGAGUAAAAUCAAGAUUCUGCAGCUGGAGCGGGAUCGAGGAGAGUGGGAAAGUUUGGCCCCCGAUGCCCGAAGAGAGAAGGAGUCCAGUCUGCAGAUGUUUGGACAGCUGGGACGCUUCCAUAACAUCAUGUCUAAUGAAACCAUCGGCACGCUGGCAUUUCUCACCUCAGAUAUCAAGGGGAUCUUUGUGCACCCCUUCCUGGCUGAGAGGAUCAUCUCUAUGCUUAACUACUUUCUCCAGCACCUGGUGGGUCCUAAGAUGGGUGCCCUCAAAGUGAAGGACUUCAGUGAGUUCGACUUCAAGCCCCAGCAGCUUGUUAAUGAUAUCUGCACCAUUUACCUAAACCUGGGUGAUGAGGAGAAUUUCUGUGCCACAGUCCCAAAGGAUGGACGCUCCUACUCUCCUACUCUUUUUUCCCAGACUGUUCGGGUACUGAAGAAGAUCAACAAACCCGGUGACAUGAUUGUAGCUUUUGCACUUCUUGCUGAUAAAAUAAAGUCCCAUGCAGACAGACAGCAGCAAGAAGAGGAAACCUAUUCAGAUGCACCAGAUGAGUUCUUGGACCCGAUCAUGUCUACGCUGAUGCUGGAUCCUGUUCUUCUCCCCUCUUCCAACGUAACAGUCGACCGCUCAACUAUAGCAAGGCAUCUCCUCAGUGACCAGACAGAUCCUUUCAACCGCAGUCCUCUAACCAUGGACCAGAUCAGGCCAAACGAGGAGCUCAAACAGCAGAUCUUACAGUGGCUGGAUAAGCAUAAGCAGGAGAGGCUGCAGCUGGGACCCAGUGGUUAGCCAUGAUCCCUUGCUGCUGUGGCACAACACUGACUGCAUCCUCGUUUUCUUUCCUGGCCCACAUCUCACGUGCUCCUCUGCUUCUCGGCUCAUCCAUGGCGUGAUUUUUAUCUGUGGAUUUCUUCUCUGGUCUGACUAACAUUGCAUUUGCAACCUUAGUCCUCCGUUGAUUCCGUCUGUGUCAACAGUCCAGACUAGUUGUAGCACACCUGCUGCUCGCAAUCUCAAAACCCAUGCACAGUAGCUGUUUGACUCCAGACAUUAGUAGAGUGAUCCAACGUCUGGUUCCUCUCCCCCUGAAUACUGUGUAUUGAUGAUUGGCCACAAUUAUCAUUUCAAUGGGACUUGUUGGAUGUACUGAAUAAAAUCCAAACUGACCAGCUGGCCAAAAAAUGAUUUUAUACUACAAGAUAUGAAUUUUUUGGAAACUCUUGGGGCAGAAGUCAUUAUGUGUUAACCAUUUCACUUUCAUAAAGAUCACAUCAUGCACUGCCUUUCAAAUGGGUUGAACAUCCUGUAUUUGAGCACUUUUGUCUAAAAUCUCAAGCAGCUUUUUAAAUAGAAUUAGUUAAGUACAACAAAGUACAACUGAAUUGAACUGUGGAUAUAAUCGUUAUUUAUCUGAACAUGUUCAUAACCUCCAGCACAAUACUUUUGUGUGUAUUUUGACAUGUAUAUGGGGUUGUUCAAAUCUCUAAGAGCACCUGCCUUUAAUUACACGUUGAGUCUUAGUAGAUGUUUGUUGUUGACAUAAGGAUCAGAACGCUUUUCCGGCUAUUCUACAGUUAUUCCAUGGAUUACUUCAAUAACAUUUCUAUAUGGGGAUAUUGCACAUAGAAGAAUAUAAAUGCAUAAAUAAAGUAAUAUGUGACAUUGAGGUUGACAUUAACAUCCAUUAAAAAAAACCAACACAUAACACCAUAUCCUUAAAUAGUGAGAGGAAAACUGGUAUUUUAGCCUAGAGGGUUCUUGCAUGAAUAACUGCACAAAUCCACAAAAACGUGAGUAAGUAAAUCAGAAGUGAAAAAUAACUUCAUUUUAUAUCCACACAGAUCUAAGCAGAGAUCUAGAUUUGUCUUGUUUCACUGAAAAGGAGGAUGUUUGCAAACUAGGAUCAUGGUGCUUUUUUUUCUCUUAUGUAUCAUCUACUCAUUUUUAUUUGAAAGUAUUUCCAUUGAACGUGUUUAAUGAAAUCAGAACAAAAAAUGCAAGAAUAUUUGGUUGAAUCAUUUUUGACUGGCAGUGCAUAUGAUGAUUAUUGUUCUCCUUUGAAUUAUCAUCACCAUAUUACAAAUGAUGCUGAGCAGAGUUUUUGUUGAGUGAAUGCUUGGUGUAUUAACACGUGGACAAACAGCUGAUCAACAGAAUUGGUGCCUAAAACCAAGAGCCUUGCAGUAAUUGUCAGGGAAACUAACUGGUAUAUUAUUCGGAGGAGAUGUAAUGACGACUGUUUCUGUUAAUCUGUGGGGGUGUACUAAUCUGGAGCUGAGAGUGGAAAUGAGAAACGAUAACUUGCUUUUGAGUAGCUUUUUAAUUGAAAAUUACAUUUGGUUGUUUAAAAUGGCAAAGUGUGAUAGAUGUAAACGAAGAUGUGUUUGUUGGCAUGCCCUUGUAGUCUAUGUUGAAUAUCUACCACCUGGGGGAUUAUGCGAGUUAAAUUAUAAUGCAAUUCUUUUGUUUGUUUUAAUUGUGAUCAUAAAAUGUUUAUUUUGGAUGUACAGUAUGAUUACGAAAUAAAACUAAUGUGCUUUAUUUAA